UCGCGGACCGCCUCCAAAGCGGACCGCAAUGAUUUAGAAGUUCAGGAAUCCCACGUGACGUCACCCAGGGGUGACGUUAUGCUUCUCUAAAUAGAUCGUAUUGUAAUCUUUUCUCAGUCCAACGUGGUUUCUUCUGAGAGACUGCUUCACAUUUUCUACACUUGUUUGUUUUAUGAGAAGUCGGCCAGAGUGAUGAACUCGGACCAGGAAAGGCCGUUCGUGUGUAACGCUCCUGGCUGUUCUCAGCGAUUCCCCACGGAGGACCAUCUGAUGAUACAUCGACACAAACAUGAGAUGACCCUGAAGUUCCCCUCCAUAAAGAAUGACAACAUGUUAUCAGAUCAGACGCCCACACCAACACGUUUCUUGAAGAACUGUGAGGAAGUGGGAUUGUUCAGUGAACUGGACUGCUCCAUUGAGCAGGAGUUUUGCAAGGCCCAGGAAGAAGAGGACAGUAAACAGAACAUCUCACUGCACGGCCAGGCAGGCCAAGGCCAGCACCAGCAGUCCCACUCACGGAUGGGCAACCACGAUACCAGCAUAGUGAUCCAGCAGGCCCUGCCUUCCCCUCAGUCCAGCUCCGUCAUCACUCAGGCUCCAUCCACGAAUAGACAAAUAGGGCCUGUUCCCGGGUCUCUGUCCUCACUGCUGCACCUACGACACAGACAGAGACAGCCUCUGCCAGCCUCCAUGCCUGGAACGCUGCCAGACCCGACCAUGCCUGGCUCCUCCGCUGUGCUGAUGCCCAUGGAGAGACAAAUGUCCAUGGGCUCCAAUAUGAUGGGUAUGCAAGGACCCGCCCACAGCAACUCCUGCUCUUCCACUCACAUUCCCUCCAUGCACUCAGAAGCCAAACUGAGGCUGAAGGCUGCACUUUCACACCACCCCGGUGCCAUCGCCAACGGAAACAUGAACUCCAUGGGCCACAUGAUGGAGAUGAUGUCAUCGCGGCAGGAGCAAGGCGCCCACCACCACAUGCACUCUCACCCUCACCAGCACCUGCAAGCCCCUCCGCACGCGUACCAGCACCACGGCCAUCACCACCACAACCAGGGCCACGGCCAGGGUGGGCACCACCACCCACAGGGACACAACCCACAUCACAACUCCCACAAUCCCCAUCUCCAUCCCGGUCACCCACAUCAGACCUCACCACACCCUCCAAUGCACUCUGCUUCACAGAUGUCACCCGCAACCCAGCAGAUGCAGCCCACGCAGACGCUGCAAUCUCCGCCCCCCAGCGGCGGGCGGCGCAGGCGGGUGGUGGACGAGGAUCCGGACGAACGUAGGCGGAAGUUUCUGGAGAGGAACAGGGCGGCGGCAACAAGAUGCAGACAGAAGAGAAAAGUGUGGGUGAUGUCGUUAGAGAAGAAAGCAGAAGAGCUCACUCAGACCAACAUGCAGCUUCAGAACGAAGUGACCAUGCUAAAGAACGAGGUGACCCAACUCAAGCAGCUUCUCCUUACACACAAGGACUGUCCCAUCACCACUAUGCAGAAAGAGUCCCAAGGUUACCUCAGUCCAGAGAGCAGUCCGGCGGGAAGUCCAGCGCCAGCAUGCUCGCAGCAGCAGGUCAUUCAGCACAACACCAUCACCACCUCCACCACGACUGUAGGGGGCAGCAAUGUGCACGGGCAAGCCAACCACCGCACAGACAUUAACCCCAUCCACUAGGGAUAGGAGAGACUAUAACCCCCGGCUGUAUCCCCAAACUGCCCCCAUUACACCCCUGACCUUGAGCCUCUGCUUUCCGAGGGCCGCCAGCUGCACACGCUGCCCCCAACUGCCCCCCCGCCCCCCAUCAAGGAAAACCUCAAAGGCCUGUGUGGCUGUUCUUUAUACAGUAGCUACAGUAUGUAUUUUUAUAGACCAACCCUAUUAACGCAUAAAUGUUCUAUGGUUUGUUGCCUCUUUUUUAAUCGGCUUUUUUGUGCUUAGCAGAAAAGGGAGUUUUGCUAAUCUCAUGCAGCCUUUAAGUGACUUUUUCCAUUGUGUUGUGGUACAGAAUGGACAAAUGGUUGUCAUGGAACCAGAGGAAAAAGACUUAAACCUCUAACUGUCAUCUCUAUAAGCAGAGCCUGCGUCUCUGUAUGCCUAAUGGACUGAAUAAUGAGUCAAAUAAUUCUCUGUGUCACAUGUGGACAGUAUGAUGAGUGUGUGUAGCAUGUGUAAUCAUACAGAAGACUCUGAAUAAGUGAGUGGGAUGUUGCUGCCUUUAACUUGUCUUCUGAAACCAAGUCAAACUGUCGCCAUGAUGUCUUGAAGACAGGAAUAUGCAAGCAGGUGUAAUGAUCUUUUUCUUUUCUAGAAAUGUACAUGACUGUUAACCUUUUCCCUGUCAGAGGUAUUCUCAAAGAGUGUUAUGAUUAUACAGCAUGACAGUGAAAGUACCGUACGAUCAAAUAGAAGCAAUACAUCGCAGUAUUGAUCAUCUUCUCUACUGUAUGUCCACGUUACGAUCAGUAUGGCCAAGCCACUCUGGUCCUGUGGGGACAUACAUGAUGCUGUUACAGCCACAGAACUGUACACUGUGAUACCAGUGAGGCAGCUCGGGAGUUGAGACCAACUCCCACGCUCUCCAGGACCAACUGAAGCUUUAAUUAUUGAGGCCUCUUUUUGUGUGUGUUUGUGCAUCAGGAUCCACAUUUUUGGAUUCAAAUUCCAAAUGAGUAUAACAUUUGAUUGCGUACGUCUGUCCGCAUAGUUUCGAGUGCGCAUGUGAAUUCUGUAUAUUAUGUGCUUGCGUUUUGCCUUCUUUAUCUGCAGAACAAAGUUCAGCGGGUGUGUAAAGAAAGAAAAACAAAAAGAGAGUAAGAAAGUGACUAUGAGCAUGAUUUUUUUGUUUGUUUGUUUUUGUUGUUGUUUUUUUGUUUGUUCUGGACUGGCAUCCCACAACUGGCAGUGUUUUGCAGAUUCUAAAGGGGAGUAGUUUAUGCCUGUGCUUUCCAAAAUGUCACAAUGUGCCUGAAGUUUUCUUAAAAUCUUUGGUUGGCUUACUAUAGGCAACAAAACCAUCAUUAUCAUCUUUUUUUCUUCAAUACAAUCAAGGCAUUUAUCAUUAUUCUCUCUGUUAAUGGCUUUGUCAUAGAUGUCUGCUGCAUGUUACCGCAAGGCAAAACCAGCUGACCAAGGAGAAAAAUAACCCAUGUCCCAUUUGACCUCUGACCUCUUCAUCUUUCUCCCCCUCUCAGGCCUCCUCUGUGUUUCAGAUUAGCGAUGGAUGUAUUGAUAGCGAUAUAGGCCUGACCUUUUCUAUCUCCCCGCUCGCCUUGAAACUCAAUGCCUUCUCGUGUUGACCACAACUCCCCUUUCUCUCCUCUUCCUUAUGACCAGGAAUGUCGAUUCACUAGCAUGGUGACCAUAAUGCACUGUGUUUUACAGUCGGAUGGAUGAAAUACAUUCCACUGACAGGUGGAGUGAUCGCAGAGCUGUCUAUGCACUUUGUCCUCUGUCAUGCCAGAGGGUAGAAUAGCCAUAUUAAGGUCCGAGUAAUUCUCAGUGAUAUCCCCUCCCCACCCCUUUUUUCACACACCAGCGAGAAACUUAACUGGCUUUUACAGAGAGACUGUGCCUGGCAUGGAUCACAUAUCUAUACACAGGGGAAGGGAACCUAGAGCUUGUAUUGUUGGAUGAGGCUCAGUUAAGGACAGUGUGCUGUUAAGUUUGUGCCCUUUUUAUUCUGGAGAGAAAAAAAAGAAGCUCCAGCUUUGUCAAAGAUGAAGGACGUUAAUUGAAAAUGCUCUUUACUCUCAUAGUGAAUUACAUUCAAGUUUUCUUGAGGAGUUCAGACUGUUAAUGCCACGUCUUAACCGUGUGAGUCCACGUGUGCAGCAGAGUACACGUGCUGAUGAGACGGAGAAAUAGAUUUUCUUGAAAAGGGCUUUGUCUUACCAACCCUUUGAACUGAAGCUUGCCUUAUUUUUGUUUUUUUUAAAUAAAGUAUAUAUAGAUUAUUAGGCCAUUCCAAAUUAACCUCUUGCAUGUGAAAAAUAUGGUAAUGACCUCAGAACACUUUCAACUGGAAUCAUUAGGAGGCUGUUGCUGUUUUACAUUUAGAUAUUUCAUUUUUGACAGUGGAUCCGGGUUCAGAAAAAGAUAUUUGUUACUGUACAGGCAGACGAAAAGGACAGAUGGAAGUGCAGUGUGAGUGUGUCUGUGUGGAUUUGUGUGAGAGGUGGAGAACAAUUACUACACAUUAAUUAUGUUAUAACUGUAUUAUUUUAAAUUGAAAACUAUAAAUAUUGUACAUAAUGUCAUUCAUUUCUGUAAUCCUGUACAUGUAAUGCAACCACCUUUCUUUUUGAAGGGAGUAAAUGUGUGGUACAUGUUUGUAAAUAAUGUUUGCAUAGCACUUGUUGCCUUCUGUUGUAUGUCGAGGCUCAUUUUAGCGCUUAAAUAAAUUGUUUAUAUGUAAUGAACCGAUGGAUCCAUUCUUACCUGCAUAACUUUGUACAUUUUUGUGUCUGUAAUGACAUUGUCUCCAUUUUGUUUCUGUUUUGCAUUUGUACAGAUGUUAAAGUUAUCACUGCAGUUACAUUACGGUAUGAAAAUAAAGCACUUGUUCUGUAACAUA